GAAAGGACCGCGCUGAGUGGCUGAGGUAUAGAAGAAGCUGAAACGGGCUCUCUCAUUGGCUUAAAUUCCCCCCCCCGCCCCGGCGUCCACAUCCCGGUCAGAUUGGGCCCGGAGGUCAGUCGGAAGCCUCCGGCUAGUGGCGACAGAGCACCUAAGUCUGGGUAGUGGGCGCUGCAGGGAGUUGGAGAUGUGCAUCUAGAGAGGGAGGGACAGCGACCCUUGGCACCUGCCUCCACCCACCCACCGGGGUCCUCUCCGCCCACCCGGGCCCCACCCACGCUCCCCUGGGGUUGGAAAAGGAGUCUUCUCAGCCGCAGCUUCUGACCUCUCGGGGUAUCUCACUCAGAGUCGCUCAAAAGUGGGUCCCCAGGGCUCGGAGCCGCUGGGUAUGGGUACCGAGAAUGAAAGCCCAGAACCAGACUGCCAGAAACAGUUCCAGGCCGCAGUCAGUGUCAUUCAGAACCUGCCUAAGAAUGGCUCUUACCGCCCCUCCUAUGAAGAGAUGCUGAGAUUCUACAGCUACUACAAGCAAGCUACCAUGGGACCCUGCCUCGUCCCCCGGCCUGGGUUCUGGGACCCAAUCGGACGAUACAAGUGGGAUGCCUGGAACAGCCUGGGCAAGAUGAGCAGGGAGGAGGCCAUGUCUGCCUACAUCACUGAGAUGAAGCUGGUGGCACAGAAGGUGAUCGACACAGUGCCCCUGGGCGAGGUGGCAGAGAACAUGUUUGCUUACUUCGAGCCCUUGUACCAGGUGAUCCCCGAUAUGCCGAGGCCCCCGGAAACCUUCCUGAGAAGGGUCACAGCAGGUUGGAGAGAGCAGGUACUGAAUGGAGAUGUUGGGGCUGCCCCAGAGCCUCCCUGCCUCCCCAGGGAACCAGCACCCCCAAGUCCAGAGUCCCAGCCACCUAGGGACCUGGACUCCGAGGUUUUCUGUGAUUCCCUGGAGCAACUGGAACCUGAGCUGCAGGUUUGGACAGAGCAGAAGGGAGCCCCUGGAGGAGAGCCUGACACCAGAAACAGCUCCAUGCUCCCUGCAGAGAAAGCAGAGGGCAGCGCACUGGGGCCCCAGGAAUUGGACACGUGGCUGGUGGGGACAGUUCGGGCACUGCAAGAGAGCAUGCGGGAUGUCCAGGGGAGACUGCGGAGCCUAGAGAGCAUGCCCGGCCUCCCCAAGCAGCAGAGGACCCCGCCCAGUGCCCGGCCAUGGCCCCUCAGGCUCUCGGGUCCCACGGUGCUCUUCUUCCUCCUGUGGCCCUUCAUCGUCCAGUGGCUCUUCCGACAGUUUCGGACCCAGAAGAGGUGACGCUCAGUGGAGGGGUCUCUGCAGCCAACUAAGGUGGCUAUGAGCCCCCUGGUCCUGCUGUGCCCUGAGCCUUCCCAGGGUUUAGGAGAAGAACAGCAUUAACUGCGUCCCCCCACGACUCAGUGUUUGUCUUUGCACCGCUCCCUUAUUGGGGGGGCGUUUAAGAGCCCAUCCUUCCCCGCGACUUCACUCGGACGCCUUCUCCCCCUCCUACCCAAACAUCGAGGCUGCCUGGUGAGGGUGUAGGAGUGGUGCACGUCCCGGGUUCUGGGUUGGCCGUGACUCGGGGGCGGGGCUGCCGGGUCUCAGCCUCUGCCCUCCCCUCCCUCUGGGUCACCUGACUCUUCUCCCACCCCAGCCUCUCCGGGUGGAGGGCCAGCUCUUGGGCAAGUUGGGACUUGGGCUGGGGCCUGGAAGAAUGAUUGGCUGAGAGGCUGAGGGAGGGAGGCCCGGAGGCCCGGCCGAGUUGGGGGGAGGGGAGUGAGCUGCAUUUUGCUGGCCUCCCUCCCCCUGCACGCACACACUCAGGACGUCUUCACGGAAGAUUCGCUUACGAAUGAAUGUUUCACUAAAUAAAAUAAGACCUUAAUCUUCUGCCGUUUGGGUCCCCACGGAGUGAGGCGGGAAGCCGGGUCCGGGC